GAACUGAGUUUCACAUCACUGAUCUAAAGCCACUUGGCUUCAAUUUGUUUGCCUCCCUUGGCCCCCUCGUUUAUAUCUUCCGUGUCCUUUACAGAAACACUGGAUCCACACGAGUUCCUCUGAAGGUUCCUGACACCAUCACCACAUGGGAGACUGAGGCGUUCUGCCUGUCCUCCAAAGGUUUUGGCUUGGCUCCUCCUGUUCAGCUGACUGUCUUCCAGCCCUUCUUCCUGGAGCUCUCCCUGCCUUACUCCAUCAUCCGUGGGGAGUCUUUUGAGCUGAAGGCCACAGUCUUCAACUAUCUGUCCAAGUGCAUCAUGGUUAAAGUGACUCCAGCUUCUUCCUUGGACUUCAGUCUUAAACCUUUUAAUGAGCCGUAUUCAUCCUGUCUCUGUGCCAAUGGGAGAAAGACCUUUAAAUGGAUUCUCUCCGCUUCUGUUCUCGGAUCUGUAAAUGUGACUGUCAGUGCUCAGGCUGAACAAUCCCAGCUUCGAUGUGGCACUGAGGUUGUGACCGUGCCAACAAGAGGACGCAUUGAUGUAGUUACUCGCAGUCUACUGGUUCUGCCUGAAGGAGUUGAAAGGAUCUUCACCCAGAGUUGG